AUGGACCACACCCUGCAACACCUGCUGGAGACAAGCCUCCAGCAGCACGCUGUGACGCAGCAGCUCGCCGAGAGCCUUCAGGUCGCCACACGGACACUGAUCGCCAUGAGGACUGAGACCCCCGCCGCCUCCGUGCCUCUCCCCGACGCAAGUAGCGAGACCCGCCGCCUACUACCCCCCCUCGGCCCCGAAGAGGACCUCGAGGCGUACUUCGAAGCCUUUAAGAGUAUCGCCCGCCGAGAGGGGUGGGACCGUGAUGACUGGCCACGCGCCCUUGGUCCACUGCUCACUGGAGAGGCCCGAACAGCCUACUAUGCCCUCGAGCUGGAGGAGGCCGCGGACUACCUGGCGAUGAAGGAGGGAGUCCUGGCAUGGUGUGGCCGAACCCCUGGCCAGGCUGCUACUGAAUUCCAUCGCUGGGUUUAUCGACCAGGGGCCCGACCACGUUGCCAGAUGAACGCCCUCAUCCGGACCACCAAACGAUGGCUCCGGCCGGAUCGGCAUACCGCCUCAGAGGUGGCGGAGAAGGUGGCGGUCGACCGUUUCCUGAGGGCGCUACCCCGGGCAGAGAGACAGGCCGUGGGGGCACACGCCCCAACUACGCCCCAGGAACUCCUAACUGUCCUGGAGCGAGCCUUGGCCACCCUGGAGCUCGACCCCGGGGAGCAGCAGCACCUCGAUCGGCCCCCCGGUGCCCCGGGCCCCCGGUCCGACCGCCAGACCCGGCCCCGCACCUGGAGGAACCCCCAGAGGGCGCCCACUUGUGAACACCCCCGAGACGAGCCCAUGCCUACAGAGCCGGAGAGGGAAGCCGCCCGGCUGCUUACAAAACCAUGGCUGGCAGGCUGCGCCCUCCAUCAGCAGCAACCGCCGGAGGCGCCCUCCUUGACGGUGUGGGUCGAAGGGAGACCGGUAACCGCCCUGCUGGACACCGGGAGCACGGUGACCCUCGCCCGGCCCUCCAUCCUGCCUGAGGAGCGCCGCCCAAGGGGGACGCUCACCGUGACCUGCGUCCAUGGGGACACCCGGGAAGUCCCCUCAGCCGAGGUCCAGAUCCAGGGCGAAGCCGGCAAUCCGGGGCGAAGCCGGCACCUGGCCCCUCCAGGUCGGAAUCAUCCCCGAACUCCCCGUGCCUCUCCUCCUGGAACGAGACUGGCCAGGAUUCCUGGUGGUACCGAGAGCCGAGCCCCGGAGAUUGCGGCGACGUACGAAGGGGACCCCGGCCCGGUGAACCGAGAGGGGAAGUUCGGCCGGGAGCAGAAGGAGGACGACCGGCUGAAGCACUGCUGGGCUCAGGUGCGGGUGAUAGAGGGGGUCGACCAGAGUCCAGACCCGAGGCUCCCCACAUCGUACUUCCUCGUCCGAGGGGGGCUCCUCUACCAACGGGCCUGCCGCCGCGCGGAGCAGGUGGACCUACUGGUGGUGCCCCGACCCAAGACGGCCGUCUUAUUACACCUUGCCCACACCCAUCCGCUCGGCGACCACCUGGGGGCCCGAAAUACCCUGGAGAAGCUGCGGGACCACUUCGUGUGGCGCGGGAUGGACGCGGAGGUCCGGGCCUUUUGCCAACAGUGCCCGCAGUGCCAGCGCACGGCCCCGCGGAGGCCCCCGCCGGCGCCCCUGAUCCCCUUGCCCAUUAUCGGCGUCCCGUUUGAACGAGUGGGCAUGGAUCUCGUGGGGCCCCUACCCAAGUCUGCCCGGGGCCAUGAAUACAUCCUGGUCCUCGUCGACUACGCCACGCGGUACCCCGAGGCGGUGCCGCUCCGCAAGGCCACCUCGCAAAACAUCGCCAGGGAGCUGGUACUCCUCUUCAGUCGAGUGGGGAUCCCCAAGGACGUUCUGACCGACCAAGGUACACCUUUUGUCUCGAAGCUAAUGGCGGAUUUGUGUCGUCUGUUGCAAGUGAAGCACCUCCGGACAUCGGUCUACCACCCCCAAACCGACGGGCUGGUCGAGAGGUUCAAUCAGACCCUCAAGCGGAUGCUGCGCCGGUGCCCCCAGGCGUCCACGGGCUUCACGCCCUUCGAGCUCCUGUUCGGGCGGCGCCCGCGGGGAUUGUUGGACGUGGCCCACGAAGCCUGGGAGGAGCAACCAUCCCCCUUCCGCUCCAUCGUCGAGUACGUGCAGGACAUGCAAGCAAGGAUUGACAGGGUGGGCCCCAUCGUCCAGGAGCACAUGCACGCGGCGCAGGAGGAGCAGAAGAAGGUAUACAACUGCCCCGCACAGCCCCGGGAAUUCCAGCCGGGGGACCGGGUCCUCCUGUUAGUGCCCAGCAGCGCCUGCAAGUUCCUCGCCCGGUGGCAAGGUCCAUAUACCGUCCUCGAGCGCCGGGGCCCGGUCAACUACCGCCUGCAGCAGCCCGGUAAGCGGGCGGACGAGAAGCUAUACCAUGUAAACCUGCUGAAAAAGUGGGUGGAACCAGCCCCGGUGGUGUCGGCGUUCGCAGCUCAGGACUCGGACCGGGGCAAGGCUACCUUGGUCGGCUUAGGGGAGGGCCUCACCCCCGCCCAAAGGCAGGAGCUUACCGAGCUGAUCGACCAGUUCGCAGAUGUGUUUUCGGCUACCCCGGGGAUGACCCAGCUGGUCCAGCAUGAAAUCAAGACUCCUCCCGGUGUAGUGGUGAGACAAAGGCCCUACCGUGUCCCCGAGGCUCGGCGCCAGGCCAUCGAGGAGGAAGUCAGUCGCAUGCUGCGGGACCACGUCAUCGAGGAGUCCAGCAGCCCCUGGUCCAGCCCCAUCGUCGUCGUGCCGAAGCCGGAUGGGAGCAUGAGGCUAUGCAACAACUUCCGGAGGCUGAACCAGGUGUCAGAGUUCGACAGCUACCCCCUCCCCAGAGUGGACGACCUGGUCGAGAGGCUGGGGAGAGCCCGAUUCAUAUCGACCCUGGACCUCACCAAAGGCUACUGGCAAGUGGCGCUCGCACCGGAGGCAAGGCCCAAGACGGCCUUUAGCACGGCCACCGGCCACUGGCAGUAUCGGGUUCUCCCCUUUGGGCUGCACGGGGCGCCCGCCACGUUCCAGCGGCUAAUGGACAUCCUCCUGCGGCCCCACCGGCAGUUUGCAGCGGCCUACCUGGAUGACGUGGUCAUCCACUCCUCCACCUGGGCCGACCACCUGUUCCACCUCAGGGAGGUCCUGAAAGCACACCGGGGGGCCGGCCUGACCGCCAACCCAAAGAAGUGCCAUCUAGGGCUGACGGAAGCCCAGUACCUGGGAUACCGCAUCGGACGGGGAAUGCUGAAGCCCCAACUAAAGAAGAUCGAGGCGGUGAAGGGCUACCCGCGUCCGACAUCGAAAAAGCAGGUACGUGCCUUCUUGGGAUUGGCGGGCUACUACCGCAGGUUCGUGCCUAAUUUUUCUGCUGUAGCCUCUCCCCUCUCAGACCUUACAAAGAAGGGCCAGCCAGACCAGGUCAGGUGGACAGCCGACGCAGAAAGGGCCUUCCAGGCCCUAAAAGGGGCCCUCACCAGCGCGCCGGUGCUCCGCAACCCGGACUUUGACCUCCCGUUCACCGUGCAUACUGAUGCAUCCGAGACCGGGCUGGGCGCCGUCCUCUCCCAGACCUUCGACGGGGAAGAACACCCGGUCCUCUACAUCAGCCGGAAGCUGUCCCCGGCCGAGAGGAAGUAUGCGGCGGUCGAGCGGGAGGCACUGGCGAUAAAAUGGGCCAUCGAGGAGCUGAGAUACUACCUGGCAGGCAGGCACUUCGUCCUCAUAACGGACCACGCCCCCCUGCAGUGGAUGGCCAAGGCGAAGGACACCAACGCCCGGGUAACCCGCUGGUUCCUCGCCUUACAAGACUUCUCCUUCCAGGUUAAGCACCGGGCGGGGGCCCAGCAUGGUAAUGCGGAUGGGCUCUCACGACGAGACACCCUCUGGGCCCACCACCGAGCGGCAGUAGGCUCGGAGCUGAGGGGGGGUACUGUCGCGACGGGCAGAGAGCCGGCGCACACAAGAAGGAAAUCGCUCCUUCUCCAACUGCCGCACUUGCACGACGUGGGCAGCUUCGUGCCAAACAUUCCACCAGCCGGAAGGACCGCCGCGGCGGGGCGGGACUGACGCGACACCGGCCAGCGAUUGGCGGACCCAACGGAGAAACUCCACCACUCAGGCGACGGCGGAGGAGGAUAAAAGGGCGCGCUUCCGGCCGUACGGGAGAAGAGAAUACCGUAGCGACAAGACGGACUCCGUGCAAGCGCGGACGAGAUCGCCGGGUGGUGAGAGUCCCACCUACGGAGGACGCCGGCCCGGGAAAACCCUCGCCCCCGUCUCGGGAAUCCCGCCUCCGCCACGAGUAGGCUACACCAGCAGUCACGCCUCCACAAGCCCCGCACUCAUCCCCUCACAACCCACUCACUUCACCCUUGCACCAAUAAACCACCG